GGGGUCAAGUAUUUCUGGUCUGCGACGCCAAAGCUCCUUCAAAUAGUCCUUGAUGCCUUGGGCGAGAAAGGUUGUAGUCUGUUCAACAUCCGCGAGCUCGAAUUCAUGGCUGCUACCAUGCAGUCUGCUAUUGGAAGUUACACGGAAGUCGGUAUGACCGUGCGGCAAUUCACGUUUGAACGUAACAAUUGGAACACCGACAUGUCUGUAGAGCGAGUACGGGAGAAUGCGCGGAACAAGGUCGUAGAAGUGGUAAACUCGUAGGGCAGCAGAGUUGGAAGACUGGUCCACCAGACUGUUGUAUGCCGCUGCCAAUGUGUGAGAAAACACCGAGGGAGCAUUGAAGCUAACCAUGAGAUUGUCUAUUCCAAGAAUAUGUAGAUCCAACGACGUCAGCUGAGCUAGAGCUCCUCCCAUGGAAUGUCCCGUGACUAGAACUUUGUAGUCUGGAAACUCUUGCAGCCAUUUGAAAAGUUCAUUAUGAACUUGCAAGGCCAUACCGCGUGCAACAUAGGUGAAUCCUGCAUGUGCGUAUGAGAGAGAGCAGUCAAAAUAGUUGUGAUGUUCCAUAUUCUGUGCCAUUUUUUCCUGAAGCACUUUUUUGUGGUCAUAAUUGAUUUGGUCCCAAUAUUCCGAACUGUUCAUAACGGGUCGGUAUCUGCCAGGCUUGAAAUGGAGGUUAGUGUACCAUUGCGAAAACUCGCGCGUGCCUCUGAACACGAUGUUAAUCGUACGCAACUUGUGGUCAAGAAGCAUGUAGCCUUCACCCCCACCAUGGGUAAUAAUUCUUCCUGGUUCCUCCACGUUGUCAAAAAGCUUUGUAAGAUUGUAUCGAAUAUUUGUGUGUCCCUUGCUAUCCAGAUAUUUUUCCUUGUAAUUAAUGGGUGUGUAGGGAACCAGCUCAUCAGGAAAAACAAACUCGUUGUCCUUAAGCUCAGCGAGUCCUCCUUCGUCAUUCAGACAGUAAGAGACCUGGCAAUAGCCAGCAAGCUGUUUUAUAUAGUCAUUGUAGAGCUCUUCGUCGUCCAGUGUACUUCCUGAAGGCAGCUUCUCCAAUGAAGCAUCCAGCUGACUCUUGUACUCCCUGUACAGCGAGCGUCUAGUAUUUGCCAGAGAUUCGGACUCUGUAGCAGCACGCGUAUAGCUUAUGAAAUAAACUAGAACUGCAACAAUCGGGAAUAUCAUACCUCAGUUGUCUAAUUACAGAACCGUUGAGAUAUAUAUGUUGUAUAUUUCAUGUUCUGCUGAAUUGAAAAAGUCUGCAACGCGGACGCCAAUUAGGUGGACGACCGAUUUCUUUCAUAAAUGUCCACUUACUGCGUUUUGCGGCCGUUUGGUAUUCCUGGCUAUGGCGUCCUUCAUAUCUUACCCGUCACUUUUGACAGUCGUGUUGAAAAAUAAAUCAAUCCCUAAAUUUAUAAAGAAGGGCCGACCCUCGAAAGAAAAUUGCCGAAAUGGACAAGAAAACAAACGAGGUGCUCAAAUUUCUUAUCGACUGGAAUUAUCUUCUCAUCGAGCCUCCAGUUGAAGGAUCCAUUGCCGAAAUAUACUUCUGCUUCAUUGCGUCUUGUCAGGUGAAAGGCAAGGAUAAAGUGUCUUGGUUGCAAUUCGUCAAAUGUCUCCAAAAAUUGAACGAGAUUUGUAUUCACAACGCCUUCACCUGUAUGCCUGCAAACGCACUGUCACUGACAUAUGAGGACCCCUUCAAAUGCUUCAGUAAGAUCACCUACAUUGAUCGACUGGCCUUGAAUCUGAUAUAUAAACAGGUCAAACUGUCGUCAAACCCGCCUAUUGAGCCACCAAAGACACCUCCCCCACCCUUGUCAAGGCUCAGAUUGGCGGCACAGAGAGAAGUUCCCCGGGAUAAAGAAGAAAGAUUAGACCUGUUGAUGGAACUCGUGGACCGACCACCAGUCAAGUCAAAAAGAGCCGCUAGUGACCUGUACGCAGGACUGAGUCCCCUCGACAUCGAAGACAUUUAUACAACGACGUCCAGAUCCAAAAGACUAGAACAACUCAGUUUGCUGCUUUCUGCUCCAGCAGGAUCGCAUAUAUUGGCAAAGGAGAGGGCAAAGCUAAGAACUCCGAUCAAGCCGUUUUUCGACUGCUGCGACGAUCCCAGACACGCACAGCUCUUGAUCCCACUAACAUCCUUUGACAGAGCAACCAACUAUUGCAAGCUAAAUUUGGCAAAGCUGAAUGAUCGAUUGAAGAAUGAAACUGGAUCCAGCGACACCUACACCGAACUUGCAAGAUGUGUGAACCAGAAAAUUCAUUUCAUACCCAUCAUACAGUCGCAGACCGACACCAAACUAGGAGACUGCUCGUACCUUGACACUUGUCACAAAAUGUCGUCGUGCAGAUACGUUCAUUACGGACAGUUGAUGCCUCAGGAUGACAGUGCCUCCAAAAAAACUGCGCAGCACAACAAAAACAUUAACAAAGCAAUGCAGAUUUCAGACUUUACCAGGGGCGAGGCCAUUUCUCCUGCCACGAGGCCGGAAUUGCCCGCUCAAUGGAUCAAUUGCGACGUCACGAAACUUGACUUCAGCAUUCUGGGGGAUGAUUUUGCUCUUAUCAUUGCAGAUCCAAGCUGGACCAUCCAUAUGAACCUUAAUUACUCCAGCUUGACAGACUCUGAUUUGCUUCAAAUUCGGAUGGACAAGCUGCAGAAAGAGGGUCUCUUUCUUCUCUGGGUCACAGGAAGAACCAUAGAGACUGGUCGCGACUUUCUGAAAAAAUGGGGGUAUCAGGUGGUGAAUCAGAUCACAUGGGUGAAGACGAACCAAUUGGUCAGAACCAUCAGUACAGGAAGAACAGGCCAUUGGCUCAAUCACUCAAAAGAACACUUGCUUGUGGGCCUCAAAGGAAAUCCAAAAUGGAUCAACAAAUGCAUAGAUCCGCAAAUUUUGAUUUCUUCCACAAGGGAAACCUCCAGGAAGCCAGAUGAAAUAUACGGAAUGGUCGAGCGCAUGGUGGGGCCUGGAACAAGGAAACUAGAAAUUUUUGGCCGGCAGCACAAUACUCGACCUGGGUGGUUGACAAUUGGCAAUCAGCUUAAUGGAACCCAUUUGGUUGAGAAGGAAAUUGCAGAAAGCGGCACGUUUGCCGGCGUUGAGCUUAUUGGUGAGAGCGUAAGUAAAGGCAAAAACUCUGGGGAUGUCGAUGGUGUCUUUUAUUUCAAGACUAAAAUUCCCAAAAGUGGUUUGUUUCUACCGUACCACAAGCUUGUCCAAGUGAACACCUCUCCAUUGAGGCCUGUGUCUCAGGCUUCUGUGCUAAACUCUCCAAACAAAGCUCCUUACGACCUUGAUCAAAGGAUCAGCGAGCUUACCGAACAGAAUCGACUUUACAAGCAGCAGUUACAGGAACGAAAUCGCAUUUUAGAGGAGCUGCAAACAACAGUGGACACAUUUGAAGCCAUUUUGACCGAAAACCAGAAUGAGCUUAAGAUGAAAGACGCGAGAUUUGAGAGAUUCAAAACUAAUACUGAUACUCAGAUCAAGGAGCUGAUCGAGGCUGUAGAGACACUAGAGCAGCAGGCACAAGAAAAUGAGGAAAUAUAUCUACAACGUUUGCGCGAGUUGGAAACGAAAAAAGAGAGUGAACCCGAAAAUGGUGACUAUGAGACUCUCAAGAGGAAAUUCGAUGAGAUGGACACAAAGUAUCGAACGCUAGAGAAUGAACAUGCAAAUUUGAGACGGGAAAAUGCGGAGGUGCGAAGGGAACGUGACGAGGCAAGGGAGGAGGCUAACAGGUUGAAACAGGAGAAAGCAGAGAUGGCCAAAGCUUUGGAAGAACUGAGGAAAGCGUACGACGAACUACAGAAGGCCCACGAGGCGCUCAUGGGAGAAAAAACCCAGUUUGUCUCUUCCAAAGAUUCGGCCACGCAAAAGUCCGAAACGCUUGAGAACGAGCUUAACGAGCUGCAAGCCAAGUAUGCUCUAUUGAAAGAGCAGAGCGAGAACAAAGCAAGCCCCAUUGCACAAUGAUCCUGCGGCAGGCCGGGAAAAAUGGUGCGGGUUGUGCGAGCGCGAAGGGCAUGAGAGUGUUGAGUGUCCCUACGAAAACGUCAUGUUCUAAUAUAUUACUAUGUACAUCAAACUUUGUAUCUUUGCGAUGGGUCCACAUGGAAUGGAGACCAGAUGCCUCUGACAGACUUGUUGAGCGACUUGACAAACUGUUUAGGCUUGCUCAGUUUUCUUCCGCUAGAGUUGAUAAGCAGCUUCAGCUUGUUUUCGACAACGUCAACGUUCCAUUUACGGGUGCAUAUCUGUUUUUCCAGUCCGUCAGUAUACUGUGCUCGCAAGACAGGGUGAAACCCUGGUUUUUGCAAGAUAUGGAAUUGAAUCUGUGGAUAUUUUUGGGCAAACGUUUUGAGUCUAUUUCUCAGGAAGUCUCUGGUGCCUUUUGACGAGCCACCGAAGUUGCAAUAGGUAAUGAUAAUUUUACGGCAUGGAUGGACAAAAGCACCCACGCCGUUCCUAGCCUUCGACACCUGCUGGAGUAUGUUGAUU